CCAAUAGCCCGCUAUAAACCUCUGUGUAAGCUCCGCGUGAUACACACGCCGCUUUAAAAUGUCCAUGCUGGUGUUCUGUGUGCUGAUCCUCCUUGCUGCAGGGUCAGAGGGGUCGGGGCCUUCUCCCAGAAAGCCCACCUGCAGUGGGCUGUCUGAGAUCUUGGCGUGUCCAAUGAACAUGGCUCCUGUUUGUGGCACAGACGAAAACACGUACGCCAACGAGUGUCUGCUGUGUGUGCAGAGUCUAAAAACUAAAACCAAUAUUCUGAUCAAGAAAGAUGGCAGCUGUUGAAUGCCUUCCGAGGUAUCCCGGAUGUCUUAAAGAACAAAUAAACCAUUAAAGCAUCUGCAAUACA